AUGGCCUCCUUCCCGCACCUGCCACGCGAGCUCCAGCAGAACAUCCUCGAUCAUCUUGUUGUCGAUAAGACGAAUUUGACUUUGGACGACAGAAAACGUCUGCUCUCGCCAAUGAGGGUAAACUCCUUCUGGUUCCACCACUGCGCAGAUAUUCUAUGGAGUCACUUGUCCAACUUGGAAUCUACAUUUGCUCAGAUGGGCUUCGAUGAGGAGAGGCGGCAGCUGUAUGUCAGCAAGAUACGCAUCCUAGAUCUCCAUUCUGCAAGACUUUAUUUUGACUUGAUCGAGAACCUGAAAUUCUCGAGCUUGACUUACUUAAAACUACGAGGUCCUCAUACUGGCAUAUUACCUUUCCUGCAACCAAACUUGAAGUUUGUGCAGUUCCACGGCACCUUUAACUCGACUCGCCGUGAACUCGACCAGAUGGUUAAGCUUUGUCCUAAUCUACACGAGUUACAAAUCGCUCCUUCCAGAGACUGCUUAGAUCGUAGCGUGAUUGCAAAGCCUAAUCUAGAUCCUGCUGAUCCAGAGUCUUUCUCACGAUUCAUCAGAGGCUGUCAGCAAAUUAGACGUCUCACCAUUGGCAAUCGUCUUCCUACUUCUCUCGUCUGUGCUGCAGUAGCUGGCAUACAGCCUCUCAUAGCUCGACAGUUCGAGGAGCUGGUUCUAUCGCAGGUCGACACAGCAGCUCUGUCACAUGACCUUUUCAAUUUUCUGGAUGCUUGUGGUUCCUUACGCAAGUUCGAGUUGCGUGACAGCAGUGGAGAUCAGAACUUCAUGUACAUGUUGCUGAGUCGUCUUGCUGAUCUCACCGACCUCAGGCAUCUUCGAUUGGAUCAGGACUUGCAGGAUGAUGUGGUAGACAAGGUCCUUCAGGGCCGUGAUACUCCUUUUCAGAAUCUGCAAUCUCUGGCGAUCAAGGGUCAAAUGUCGCCGAUUUCUGAUUUCGUCUCCCUGUCGAUGCAAUCACUCACGACACUCCAGCUUUGGGUCGAUGAUCCGGCACAUCACAUAUGCCCAAGUUUAAGCCGUCUCAAAAACCUGACUUAUCUGAACCUAGUCAUUGGAGCUGUUCCUUAUUCACGCUGGACCUCCGAUAGUAGAUACAUGCCCGGACCAAAGGACUGGCAAGCCACAUCUGAGGAUAUAUUUGCUUUGUCGGCUCUGAGCAAUUUACACUCAUUGAUCAUUCAACCUUCUGGUAUCAAUCUUACUGCACCAUGGCUAACGGACGAUCUUUUUGUCCAGUGGAUGAACAGCUUUUCACAUCUGAAACAUCUAGAGAUCAACCUAGAGUGUCCAGUCGCACUCUCUGGUAUCGUCGCUUUCUCAAACAGCCACCCUCAUCUUCAGACGUUUAAAUUCAUGUCAAUCUUGACAAUCGACAAUCGGAUUGAUCUUCCAUCACCAAAUUUCCUCGACUUGAAGCAACUGAAACUCUACCUUGAUCUACAAUUCAGUGACGAUUAUGCCCAUUCGUACAUGCGCAAUCUAUCUGGAAAUUUUAUCAAGACUCUCAGCUCCUUGAGCACAAACGACUUACGGAUAGAGUCUGCCACUGGUGAUGCGUAUUUGCCUCCAGAUCAGAUACCAAAUCAGUCACAUGUGCGUGUCUUGGAUGUGCGAGCGGUUUCGAGAAAUGGGUCAUGGAAAGGCUCUUUUCGUCCUUUCUCAAGCUGA